AUGAAGGGGGCAAUAUGCAACAAGACUUGCGAACAUUUGGAUCCUUGCUAUAAUGUUCCGAUGCCGCCCGAAGAUCCGCGGAUGCAGGGCACGAAGAAGCCAGAAAUUCCAUGCAUCGAAGUGGAGCGCUCCAGUGCAACUUGUGGCUCCGGCCAAACCGGUCCAAUCUAUCGACAGCUUACGUAUCGGGAACAAAUGAACAUUGUAGGUUUUUCCAUACAGCGGAAGACGGUGGAACUGUGGAAAGCGACGAUCGCUAGCUUGAUGCAACUGAGAUGCGGUAUAAUAAACCUCGAGCUGUGA